AUGCCUCGCUCAACAUUCUUGACGGCUACCUCCAUCCCCGCCAACCCCACUGGAGAUUACCCGCAGCACUACUGCGACUGGUUCUUCCCGCACGAGACCAUCCGCCGCGAGGCGUUGCGUGCCGAGCAUGCCCUGAGGUACAUGGAGAACAUCGUCGAGUAUCCGUGGAAGGCAGUGAACUUCCGGACAUGGAUCAGAGAUUUCUACUUCCCCGCCAUUCAUGCCCAUCACGACGUGGAGGAGGACAUCAUCGGUCCUCACUACCGGGCGCUGCUGGAGAAGGAAGGAGAGAACACCAUCAUCCUGCAGGUCUGGGGCAGCAAGGAGCAUGAUCACAAGGGGUUGCUCGACCUCAUGGACAAAGUUCAGCGUCAGGCGGAGGCUCUCUGCAACGAGGCUCAGGGGCUGACGGGUGUCAACACCAGCCAGCACAAGAUCGAAGCGGUGAUGGCGCAGCUCCAAGCGCUCAGAAGUGUCUUUGCGGCGUUCAAGACUUACAUGUUCACCCACCUAGAGGAGGAAGAGCAGGUCUGGCCGGGCAUCUUCCAGCGCUUCGGCAAGGCAGAGGUGAAGAAAGCGGUCGCAAAGAUCAUCAAGCAGGACAUGUCUAAGGCAGGCCCGGAGGGGUUGGCAGCGAAAUCCUUUGCCGGGGCGUUCCUUGACAAUGCGGGAAGCAGCAAGUCUUUCCCUCCUUCGAAGCGCCCUGCUGAGGUUCCUGGCGCUCUCAAGCUCGACCCCUGGUGCAGCGAGGCUGUGAUCGACAGGUUUCUGUCGGAGGUCCCUUGGAUCCCAAGGAAGCUUAUCUUUCCUGGCUUCCACAAGAGGUAUGUCCUGCAUUGGAAGGUGAUGAUCGAUACGGUCUGCUCCGACAAGGAUGUUCUCCGCCUGCGGUCGGACGGCUCGCUGCCUGUGAAGGCCAGCGGAUGCUUCUGCAUCUCUGCUUGA